CUCCAUCCAUAUCACACACGCUCCCCUCUCUCCCAAACUCCCAACAAAGCAAAGCCCAUGAAUUACAUUACUUAUCUUUACUAAUCUCUCUCUCUCUCUCUCUCUCUCUCUCUCUCUCUCUCUCUCUCUCUAAAAAUGGAAAGACAUCAUCACUCACAACAAAGCAACAGCAACCUCUGCUCGCCAACAUCGCCACCCACGACCUUUGUUCAGGCAGACACAAACAACUUCAGAGACCUCGUCCAGAAGCUGACAGGCUUAUCCGGGGACUCGGAAAAACUCCCCAUCACACACCCAGCAAGGCACUACCCUAAAGCACCCACAAGUCCCGGUGACCCCACCGGCCCUCGCCGGUCACCGUUCAAGCUGCAAGAGCGAAGACACACCAUGAGAAAACUCGAGAUUAAGCUUAGUCUCGCAACCCUACACGGCUCUCAGCCGUUUCCGAGUCCCGUCACCCCACUCGGGUUCGAGUCGUUUUCAUUCCCGAGUUCUGGUUCCGAGUCGCCGUCGUCUCCAGCAGCGGUGGCCGAGGAGGAGAAGGCAAUUGCGGAGAAGGGGUUUUAUUUGCACCCUUCGCCGCUCAAUACUCCCAGAGGGGCCGAGCCGCCCGAGUUGCUACCCCUGUUUCCGCUGAGUUCACCCAGUAAUAGUGAUCACAAGUCUCUGCAGUCACCCUAAAUAUUAAAUAAUUAAGCUUACAUAUCAAAAUUCUGUUGACCAAAAUAUAUAUGUAUUUCCUUCCGCCGCUUGAUUUUUUGGGAAUUUUGUAAAUACCAAUAUAUUAUCAUAUAUGUGUGUGAGACUUUUCUGUUCGUCGUGCAUGCGAGGUUGAAUGAAGUUUUUGGCUUUGAAUCA